AUGCAAAAAUACGGGAUGUUUUGUGAGUGUGUGUGUGUCCCGGAGGUUGUCUCUAGAAUGGCUUUCGUUGGCGAGAACCGAACGAAACAACAAGUCGUCGAGGAGUCCAACGGUGCCCACUACUCGUGCAACUCGGAUGAAGACACUGAAGAGGCCAGUGAAACAGACAUUGCUAAAGGAGAUCAGGAUGCAGAAGCAAGAGAAGAUUAUCAACUAGAAAAGCAACUUCAGAUUUACAAAGAACAAUUGCAACAACUUCGAGAUGGCACAAACCCUGACUACCUAAGGCGAGUAUCAAAACUGGAAAAAGCGAUGAAUUUGACUAUUGCUUGUGCAGAUGCAUUUCACGAUUAUCAACUUGGCAUUGUGGAGAGAGAAUACUUGCAGGAGAAGGAGGCUGUAAAGAAAGAAUUUGAGAUCAAAAAAGUUGAAUUGAAAGAAAAUCUAAUACAUGAACUAGAAGAGGAAAAGAAGAAAAUCGAAAUGGAACGACAAACAAUGGAAAUGACAGGAGACACGAGUGAAGUAAAGCCAGUAAUAACAAGGAAGCUGAGGCGGCGACCCAAUGAUCCUCCACCAGCACAAGACAAGAGGCCUAAAAGAGCUACAGAGAUUUCGCAGCUUCUAGAUGAAGAAGACAUAAUGGAUGAUUUGAGAGUCAUUUUCAAAGGUCACACAUUCCCCAACUACAAACGGACAACUCCAGCUGUGCCUCUUACAACAUCUCCACAAGGGUUUUUACCAGAACAGUCUGCUAAUGUGGCACUCUAUGAUGCUCGAAUUGAUGAGAACAAACUUAUCUAUGAACGGAAAGUGUAUCAACGUGGGCAGCAGAUUAUUUUGGAGUCAAAGGAGACAGGCAAAGUAAAUUGUGUAAUUCAUACUGUUGGACAAGCUGAGAUUAUCGUUAAGAAGAACAUGGAUCAGAUGAAAUUACGCAUAUUUUUGUCACAGCUUCGUAGCGGAAAGUACAUCAUCAGAAAGAGACCAAACUGUGCUGGACAACCUCACACAAAAGCAUGGUCACCUAUGUUUAUUUAUAUUAGAAGUGCUUUAGACCUUAGUUCAUUCAUUUGCGCGCGCUCAGGUGUAUUCUUUCUCUCGUUUGUCGCUAUGGCACAUAUGCUCUCUGCUGGUGCUAUUCAGGCUGUCGUGCAAGGCCAACAACCUGCAAAUCCAGUUUUACAGAUAUUGAAUAUGAAGAAAAUUCAGGGAAACAAUUCUGGUGGAUCUGACCGGUUCAGGAUGAUAGUUGCCGAUGGCAAGCAGAGCUUGAACGCUAUGUUGGCUACACAGCUGAAUCCCAUGGUUGUCAACAACGAGGUGGAACGUUUUGCUGUUUUUCGUUUAUCUCGCUACGUAACCAAUGAGGUGAAUGGGAGAAGAGUGAUCAUCAUUCUUGGAUUGGAUGUACUUGAAAAGGGCAGUCAAGUGAACAAGGUGUUGGGAAAUCCAGAGAGUGACAAUUUGAAAGGAAAUCAAUCCAGUGUGCAGCAUCAGCCACCACCACAGGCGACUAGACCGAAUCAGUCAAUGCAAGGAGGUAGCACUGGAAUGGGUGGAAAGCCUUCAUCAGGUCCUCAAAACCAGUAUGGAGGAGGUUUUGGUCAGCGACCACCUCAGCAGACUACCAUGGUUGGCAUGAACCGACCAGCUCAAUCAUUUCCAGCUUCAGUGGCAAGCAACAGCCAUCCAACAUCUGCAUUGUCACCAACUUCUAAACGAGUGUUUCCGAUUAGAAGCCUUAACCCAUAUCAAAACAAAUGGACUUUUCGAGCUCGUGUAACCAAUAAAACUAGCGUGCGAACAUGGAACAACUCGCGUGGUGAUGGAAAAGUCUUUUCUGUUGAUCUUCUUGAUGAAAGUGAUGAGAUACGGGCUACUGCUUUCAAUGAGUUGGUUGAUAAAUUCUAUGAUUUGUUGGAAAAGGGCAAGGUUUAUUACAUUUCACGUGGAUCAAUAAAGACAGCCAACAAGAAGUACACAUCGAUCAAAAAUGACUACGAACUAUAUUUCUCUCAUGACACAGUCAUUGAACCGUGCAUGGAUGAAUGCAGCAUGCCUAAAAUGGUGUACGACUUUGUUGACAUCAAGAAAAUUGAAGACAUACCGAAAGACAGUGUCAUAGAUGUGAUUGGUGUUGUGAAGAGUGUGUCAGAUAUUGUUCAGAUUACAGCAAAGUCAAGUGGACGUCAAAUUUCUAAACGUGAUGUACAGCUUAUGGACAGAACGGGUGCUGUAAACGGAACUUUAUGGGGAGACGACGCAGAGAGUUUUAGUGCUCCAGCUAAUGCAGUUGUGGCUGUCAGGGGUGCAAGAGUUUCAGAGUUUGGAGGUCGUUCACUUUCUCUCUCAUCUGGUGGCUCGAUUGCUAUCAAUCCAGAUCAUGCAGCCGCACACCAACUAAGAGGAUGGUAUGAAACUGAGGGAGGUAGAUCUGAUGUCAAGUCUAUUUCUGGCAAUCAGAUGGACAUGAACAGACCCAGUCAGUUCAAACGAUUAUGUCAAAUCAAAGAUGAAAAUCUUGGUCAUGGAGACAAGCCGGACUAUCUCAGUGUGCGGGCAACUGCAGUGUUUUUCAAGAAAGAUAAUUGUCUUUACAAAGCUUGUCCAUUGGAAGACCAGAACUAUAAGGUGGUUGACUUGGGAAAUGGGCAAUACCAGUGUGAGAGACUCAACAGAACAUUUGAUUCGUUCAAGUGGCGAUAUAUCUUGCAGGUAAACAUUAGUGACUUCACUGGUGAACAAUGGAUUACCUGUUUCAGUGAAGCAGCUGAUGCAAUGAUUGGUUACUCAGCACAGGCACUUGGAGAACUUAAAGAAUCAAAUGAGUCUUCCUUUGAUCAAGUGUUUGCUGAUGCCAACUUUGCCAUGUACAACUUGAAACUCAGAGCCAAAGUUGACACUUACAAUGAUGAGCAACGGGUGAAAUGCACAUGCGUCUCUGUUUCUCCUCUUAAUUUCAGGGAGGAAUCAAAGAAGCUGAUCGAUGAGAUUAAACGACUGCAACAGUUAUAAGGACAAGCUAAUUUGAUGUGGGGUUUCAGCAUAUAUUUUGUUGAGAUAAUUGUAAGUUGAUUGGUUAGGACAUGACUGGUGAUGUAAAAUGUAGGCCAGCAGAUUGUGUUGUGUUCUGUUAUACUACACCUAAAGCAUUACAAGACAUUUUCUUUAAUUAAUGAGCAAUUAUUUUAUUGGUGUGAUUUUCUUAACUGAUAUGAUGGUUGGUUGUAGCUACAGUCAACAAAAAGAUUAAUUAACGUAGCUCAGCAAAGUUA